UACUAUAGUUACUGUGUUGUAGAUUUCGAAGUGAAUUGUAUAGCAGUAAGUGAAUGGCAUCGGUGUUGCGUUUGUUGUCUGUCGCCAUAUGUAGUUCAAAAUCUUUAAAGUCGCGAUUUAAAAUCAGUCUCUUCGUAAAGAAAGAUCUGUGCUUUAAAGAGUAUAUUUAUCAAGCAACAAUGGCUAAACUUCAUUCAUCAGUGGCUAAAGUAUAUGACAACAUUAUCAAAUCUGAAGAAGAUUCCAGAAGUUAUCGAGGUCUUGAGCUGAUUAAUGGGAUGAAAGUUUUAUUGAUCAGUGACCCCAGUACUGAUAAAUCAGCUGCUGCCCUUGAUAUUCGCAUUGGAUUUAUGUCUGAUCCUCAUGAAUUGCCUGGUCUGGCUCAUUUUUGUGAACAUAUGUUGUUUCUUGGAACAAAAAAGUAUCCAACUGUAAAUGAAUACAACAAGUUCGUGCAUGAACAUGGUGGUGGUAGCAAUGCAUAUACAGCUGCUGAUAAUUCCUGUUACUAUUUUGAUGUUUCUGCAGAGUACCUGAAGGAUGCUUUAGACAGGUUUGCUCAAUUUUUUUUGUGCCCAUUAUUUACUGAAACUGCUACAGACAAAGAAGUAAAUGCUGUGAAUUCUGAACAUGAAAAGAAUAAACAAAGUGAUACGUGGAGGUUGUCUCAGCUGGAAAAAGCUACAUGUAAUCCACUUCAUGAUUAUAGCAAGUUUGGAACGGGCAAUAUUGAAACUUUAAACAUUAUUCCGAAGUCUAAAGGUAUUGAUAUUAGAGAGGAACUUCUCAAGUUUCAUGGACAGUUUUAUUCUGCAAAUGUAAUGGGAUUAGUUGUUCUGGGAAAAGAAAGUUUGGAAGACUUAAUGGAUAUUGUUAUUCCCUUGUUUUCUGGAAUAGUGAAUAAAAAUGUCCAAAUUCCAGAAUGGAACGAACAUCCUUUUGAUUCAAGACACUUAAAGCUACAGGGCUACGUUGUUCCUGUGAAAGAUUUAAGAAGUUUAAAUGUAUCAUUUCCAGUACCUGAUUUAAGUGAAGAAUUUCGUUCAAGUCCUGGGCUGUAUAUAGGACAUCUUAUCGGCCAUGAGGGCCCUGGAAGUUUAUUAUCUGAGUUGAAGUCUCUAGGCUGGGUAAAUAAUCUUGUGGCAGGUUGGAAGCCUGGUGCCAAAGGAUUUGCAUUCUAUGUUAUAAACUUAGAUUUAACUGAGGAAGGAUUAGAACAUACUGAUGAUAUUUUAACUCUGUUGUUUCAAUACUUAACUAUGAUGAAACUGGAAGGUGUACAGCAUUGGAUAUUUCAAGAAUGUAAAGAUAUUGCUUCUAUGACUUUUCGUUACAAGGACAAAGAAAAACCUCAGAGUUAUGCAUGUUCUUUGGCUAGUUUCAUGUAUGAAUAUCCAAUGGAAGAAGUGCUUUGUGGUUACUAUUUACUUCAUGAAUAUAAGCCUGAUCUGAUCUGUGACUUGCUAGAUAUGCUAACACCAGAUAGAAUCAGGAUUGCUGUUGUUGGAAAAAAAUUUGAACCUAUUUGUGAUCUUACUGAGAAGUGGUAUGGCACUAAGUAUAAACUGGUACCAAUACAAGAAGAAAUAUUAGAAAAAUGGAGGAAGGUUGAACCUCAUCCUAAGUUCAGAUUGCCUCCUCCAAAUGAAUUUAUACCUUCUGACUUUAAAUUGGUAGCCAGAGAAAAAGAAGUUAACAAACAUCCUGUGCUGAUUAAAAACACUAUAAUGGGGCGUUUAUGGUUCAAGCAAGAUGAUCAGUUUUUGCUACCAAAGGCUUGUCUAAAUUUUGAAUUUGAGAGCCCUAUGGCUUACAUUGAUCCAUUGCAUUAUAAUAUGAACUACAUGUUCAUCCAGUUAGUAAAAGAUUCCCUGAAUGAAUACACAUAUGCUGCUGAGCUGGCUGGACUUUCAUAUCAACUCACAAGCUCAAAACUUGGAAUAAAUUUCUGUAUAAAAGGUUAUAAUGAUAAGCAGCAUAUUCUCCUUCAGAAGAUUAUUGAAUGGUUGACAAAUUUUGAAAUUAAACCAAAGCGAUUUGAAAUUCUGAAAGAAGAACUCCGUAGGUGCCUAAAAAAUUUUAGAGCUGAGCAACCUCAUCGUCAUGCUAUUUAUUACACUUCUUUAUUGAUUGCUGAAAGAAUAUGGUCUAAUGAUGAAUUAUUAAAUUGUGUUGAUGAAAUAACCAUUGACGGUGUACAUGAAAUGAUUCCAAGAUUGUUAUCGAGGGUCCACAUAGAAGCCUUAAUGUAUGGAAAUCUGACUAAAAAGCAUGCUUUGCAUCUCAUGAGUAUAGUUGAAAAUGCACUAAAAUCAAACAUGAGUACUAAGCAUUUAAUGCCAAGUCAGCUGAGUAGUGAUAGAGAAAUUCAGCUUUCAGAUGGGUGCCAUUAUGUUUAUGAAGUCACAAAUGAAGUGCACAGUUGCUCUUCUGUAGAAACAUACUAUCAAUGUGGUGUUCAAGAACCAAGAGCAAAUAUGUUAUUAGAAUUACUGUGUUCACUGGUAGCUGAACCUUGUUUCAACUUCCUUCGUACUCAAGAGCAACUGGGUUAUAUUGUGUAUAGUGGUGUUAGACGUACAAAUGGAGCACAAGGGAUAAGGAUUCUUGUUCAGUCUGACAAGUCACCAUGCUACAUUGAUGGAAAAAUUGAAGCUUUCAUUCAGUAUUUCGAUCGAUACAUUCAAGAGAUGAAUAAUGAAGAAUUUCAAAAUCAUAUUGAUUCCCUUUCUUCAAUACGUCUUGAAAAACCGAAAAAGCUAUCAAUCCAAACUGCAAAAUAUUGGCUUGAAAUAGUGUCACGCCAUUAUAAUUUUGAUCGAGAUAAUGUGGAAGUUGCUUGUCUUGCAACCAUUACAAAAGAAGAGCUAUAUGCAUAUUUUAAGGAACUUAUAGCACCUGAUGCCCCGAAGCGCAAAAAACUUUCUGUUCACGUUAUAUCAUCAGCUACUAAGUCAACACAUGAAACAUCUGUUGACUUGCAAUUUCCAUAUGUACCGGAACAAGAAUCAAAUGGUGAUGGUCUGAUACCUCCUCCACCUGCAUUUAGGCCACCUGUGAAAAUAGGCAAUGUGAUAGCUUUCAAAAAUAGUUUGGGCUUAUAUCCAUUAGUGCCUCCAUAUAUCCAUAUACCAUCACCAUUUUUUAAUAUUCCUGAAAAAUCAAAACUGUAGGUGCAGUUGGACUACAUUUUUGAACUUCUGUGAUUAAAAGCCUUGUAUAUUUUUACAUGGUUGUUAACGCAGUUUAUAGUGUAAUAUAUUGUAACUUUUUUAAAAUUUUGCUUAAUUUGUUGAGAACAUUUAAAUAGAUAAUUUUGUUUAAAUAAGUUCAUUUUAUGUGAAGAUGAUUGUAGCAGAAUAUUUCUGCCAAUAUAUAUUUUUCCCCUUUUGAAAACUAAUAUAUAUUUUGUUAAAUGUCAGUUAAUUGAAGAUGCGUGAUUUUCCAUAAGCAUAAAAUAUGAAGAGCCAUGAAUUGUUUCCCGUGAAAAGUACAAAAGUUCCAGUCCUCAGUUAUGUACAUGCUACAUCAUUCUCAGUUAUCAGUGUAACAUCUAAAUGUAAAAUAAUUAAACUGAAGUGCCAAAACAUGAGGUACAAUUAUACUCUCUA